AUGAAGGAAGGAAAGAUAGAGAAGAGCGAAGACAGGCAGGGUGGUUUCUCCUCCGCCGCACACGUGUGGGCAUUAUUUCCUUUGAAGACAAUUUCUUUCCAAGAUCUUAAUAAACUAUCAGUUGAAUUUGAUGCAUAUGACAUACUUCCUUAUACUGUGCAUUUUUUGUUCGAUGUUCGAGGAAACCUCGUGUCUCGCGCGUGGCUUUCUCGAGAUGUUGGUAUUCCUGUGGCCUGUGGCCGUGGGUGCCCCAUGUCCCAUGAUGCUGUUCGUUUACCACAUCAGUUCCACCAUGAAAGCAUGAGCUGUUUUACUCGAGCUCUGCACGGUUUAAGAAUGGCGGCUCCAAGAAAAGUCGCGAUAAUUGGCUCUGGAAACUGGGGUUCUGUGAUAUCUCGGAUUGUCGGUGCCAAUGUGAAAGACCAUCCGAAUCUAUUCCAGGAAGAAGUUCAAAUGUACGUUUAUGAAGAGCUGGUGGAAGGAAAGAAACUCACAGAGAUUAUCAACACAGAACACGAAAAUGUGAAGUACCUGAAAGGGUUUAAGCUCCCGGAGAACAUCAAAGCAACCCCAGAUGUAGUCACAGCUGCAAAGGAUGCAGAUAUUUUGGUGUUUGUUGUGCCUCACCAGGUGAAUAACUUUUAUUUUUAUACAGUGGAACCCCGCCUCAUGGUCACCUGGUUAUUUCAGCCAAAUUUUUAUGGCCUGCCACUGCCUUUUGUUUCAGAGACAAGCACAACAACAUCAGCUAAUCAAAAUAAAGCAGGGAAUGAAGUUGCGAAUGCUGUUGAUGAAACACAAGCCACUUCUAAUAAUGCUAAUGGUGAAGUACAAGCUGCUGAUGACGGUGAUGUUGAGAUGGCCUCAGAGUCAUCCACUGACAAUGCCUCUAUGGAUGUUGUGGAAGUUGUUCCAGGCCAGGAAGCUGUUGUGCAGUCUGCUUAA